ACUACACUAGAACUAUAACUUCAUCGUACUUUGGACUUGUCGUGUCACAGUUUUUUACAAUCGCAACAAUCCACAGACAACAUGGUAAACACAGGUCUUCCUGCAGGAUGGGAGGUUCGCCAUUCCAACUCCAAGAACCUCCCUUAUUACUUCAAUCCCGCAACCAGAGAAUCGCGGUGGGAGCCUCCAGCAGAUACAGAUAUGGACACUCUCAAGAGUUACAUGGCAACAUACCAUAGUGGAGCCGCCGCCUCUCCAUACCCAAACCAAAGCGAGGGCAAAAUCCGCUGCAGUCACCUUCUAGUCAAGCACAAGGACAGUCGGCGACCUAGCAGCUGGAGGGAGGCGGAAAUCACGCGGACGAAAGACGAAGCCCGCGAAAUUCUCCGCGGUCACCAGGAACGCAUUCUCCAAGGGGAGGCCCGGUUAGGAGACCUUGCGAUGUCCGAAUCGGACUGUAGCAGCGCUAGGAAGAAGGGCGACCUUGGCUUCUUCGGGCACGGUGAAAUGCAGAAAGAGUUUGAGGACGCAGCAUUCGCUCUGCAACCGGGUGAAGUCAGUGACAUUGUUGAGUCAGGAUCUGGCCUUCAUCUUAUCGAGCGGUAUGUCAACCCCUAUUCUGGCUGAUCUUACAACUAAUUGCUUGGCUCUCAAUACUGUAGGCUGCAAUAAAUUAUUUUUGGGCUAUAGAUAUAUCAUUUAACGAGCCAAAUUACCUUCAAAACAGAUGAAAGCCAUCGAAAUAUUGUACACCCUCAUUCUUUCCGUUCCCAUUUUGGAGGCAGCUUUCCCUCAUUGUAAAUACUGGGUUGCACCUACCUGCACAUCCACAAAAGACCGGCAGCAUGGAUAAGCCCAGCUUUUGCUUGAACUUUCAUUGCUAUGCUAUGAAAGACCGGCGUUUGACAUUGU